AAUAAGCAGGGGUUCUAAUUGAAUUUUAGUGCUGUCAGAUUUUCACGUUUCUUCCAAGCGAACCCAACAAGCUCUUUCUUCAAAAUCAAUCAAAUUCCCUCAGUUGUAAACCCAGUGACACAAAUCCUACAGCAUCAAACGAAAACCAGAAAAGCGUUGGAGUUUCUUCGGAUUUCGAAUCCCUACACAUACUUGAAUGGCAAGCACUUUGAGGUUGUAUUUGACAUGCAUAAGGAACACUCUCGAGGCAGCUAUGUGCUUGCAGAAUUUUCCCUGCCAAGAAGUUGAAAGGCAUAAUAAACCAGAGGUUGAACUCAAGACAAGCCCAGAACUUCUCCUAAAUCCUAUUUUGAUAUGUCGAAAUGAGGCUGAAAAAUGCUUAAUAGAAACUUCCAUCAAUUCGCUCCGUAUAAGCCUCAAGGUAAAACAGGCAGAUGAGCUGGAAAACAUUUUAGCUAAAAAAUUUCUUAGAUUUUUGUCAAUGAGAGCAGAAGCAUUUCAAGUGUUAAGGCGAAAGCCAAUACAGGGUUAUGACAUUAGCUUUCUCAUAACAAACUACCAUUGUGAGGAGAUGCAGAAACAAAAACUGAUAGAUUUCAUUGUGCAAUUCAUGGAAGAUAUUGAUAAAGAGAUAAGCGAAUUAAAAAUGUCAGUGAACACACGAGGGAGACUGGUUGCUACAGAGUUUCUAAAGCAAUUUAUUUAAGUAGAAUUUGUGAUACCAAUAGUUUGAUUUUGGUACUAAAACAACCAUGCCAUUCCUUCGACCCAAAUUUGAGUUUUAUUGUUUCUUGUGCUUACUUUGAUCAAUGUGUAGUGGUUAAUCUAUAAUUCUACAGUCAAUAUCUUUUACUUUGGCAGAAAGUAUUUUUCGGGUGGAUUCACAUCAAUUGGUUUGAUAAUCCUACGGUUUUGGGACUUUGA